AGCCUCUCAUGGAUGGUGCCGGAGGGGGUGAAAGCGGAUUAGCGGGCUAUAUACCAACAUACGAUUUCAACAAACGUGAAGAUUACGACUAUCACGUAUCUUACGACUAUUUAGGAGGUCAAUUGGGCAGAGAUUUGCUGUCUGAGAAACGAAAAAAGGAAAGGAAAAAAGGAAGAUAUGACAUGAGACCUGUGAGGGCUCCCGACGACGAGGUGUUGAGAAAUCGGAUCGUGAAGACAGCAGAAUUCGUCUGUAAGAGCAAGAACCCGGAGGGAUUAGAGAACAAAAUAAAAUCAUCGAAGGAUCCUAAGAUGCUCUUCAUUCGAGAUGAGGAACAUGAAGCUCAUCAGUACUAUCUCUGGGCGAAGCAUUGUAUCAAUCGGGAGGUUAAAGACUGGGAGUUGAUUACUCCCGAGAAUGAGAGUGCCAAGCGUAAACAGCAACAAACGGAGGAACUCAAAGACACUGAAGCUAAUUUUUCUAUCGGUACUCGUGUGGAGGUACUAGGGUUGAAGAGUAAGCCUGAGCUCAACGGCACUUCUGGUACCGUGGUGGGCAAGAACAGUCGUAGUGGUAGGUUCGAGAUCAAACUGGAUAAGACUGCUUCAAUUAUGGCUAUCAAACCGGAUAAUUUGAUGUAUGCACCUGAGACGGCUGAGGAGGCGGCUGAGAGAAAGAAGAAACAGAAAGAGUCCGGGAUACUUCCUGAUGGAUGCGCUGUUCAUGUUGCUGGUCUGAAGAGUGCUAGUGCAACUUGGAUAAAUGGGCAAUACGGAAUCGUAGUUGGAUGGAAUAGUGAUAAGAAGCGUUACGAUGUCAAGCUCAACUGCGAUGGGUCUAUCAAACAACUGAAACCAGAGAAUGUACGAGUGAAGUUGCCAGAGGGAUGGACUGAGUAUUGGGAUGAAGAUCAGCAGCGGCACUACUACGUGGAGAAUGCCACUAAAAAGGUUACUUGGAAGCAUCCCGUGUUCAGUACCGGGGAGGCAGAUAUAGGCUCCAAGCCAGUGAUGGAGGAGCACGCGGCGUUUGAAGAAGAGGAUGGUGAAGCCGGUCAGGGAGACGACACAGGCGAGCCCUUAUCAGAGUCUGAAGAUUCAGAGUCGAGCGCGGAUGGUCUUGAAGACGAAGAAGCCGCGCGUGACCAGACAUCAGGUCUUGGAGCUUUUGAGCCUAAGUAUAAGAAGGUGCGAUAUACGGCCGAGGGAUAUGAUCCCACUAAGACGAGGAAUGAUCCAACCCUGAAGACGUUGCCAGCACUCCGAGAGAGGCUGAAUAAGAUCCGUGCUCAUCUACUUCCUGAUCACGCUGAUGCAGUUCGACCGAUUACUCCAACGGUUGUGAAGCGCAAUAUGAAGGGUCCUGUACUCUGCACCAAGCUAGAGGGAUUGAUGAAGGAUAUCAACGAACUAUCUACUCCGCUACAGUCCACUGGCACACACUGGUCUCAGUUGACUCCGUUGGGGUGCGAGUUUGCUGAUACCUUCUUGGUGGCUGUGGAGCUGCAGAUGAACGAGCUAGCCUUACAGACUGCGAUAAAGACACGACUGCAAUUGUUGAAUCGUAUGCUCCUGGCGCUGCAGAACUCCAAAGCUCCUACGGAACUUCAGCCCUAUGUAGAUCAAUCCUGCGGAGCCCUGAAGAUGAUGUUCUUCUAGCACCUGUUUCA